AUGAGCUCCGAAACAAACAGCUACGAGCCCUACAAGGACAGCCCACCGCCCGCGGCUCCACCCGAGCUCGUCAGGCUCAGUCCAUCUCCCCCCGUCUCCAACGACCACAGGAAACGCAGCAACAGUUUGAUACUCAACAUGGAGCCAGCAGAGUCUAGCGAUUCCAGUAUCGUGGAUAAUGCGUUGCUAGAGGCUGAGAAACGCAAACAGAUUUACAGAGCGUCCGCCAAAAUGGCUGCCGUUUUCUUCGCUUCUUUCGCUAUACUUGCUCUCGUGCUCUACUUCAGCUGGCCUGAGAUUGAAGACGCCGACAAGCCAUCGUUAAGAAUCCCGAAAUCAUUUGAGCAACUACAAGCAUUAAAUGCCCUUCUUAAAAAAUACCGCAACCAACAAGGUCUUAGGAUACUUAUCUCUUGGACCGUCAUUUACCUAUUCCUUCAAGCAUUCUCGUUACCUGGAUCCAUGUACCUUUCGAUGCUAGCAGGCGCCGUCUGGGGAGCCGUCCCAACGCUGCCUUUGGUUUGCUGUACCGUCGCAACAGGUGCAUCACUCUGCUACUUGAUUUCAGCAUCUCUUGGAGCUGUACUUCUCUCAUUACCGCCCACCACAAAGUCUAAGGAUGAUACCAAUUACCGUCACCUACGUCUCGAGUCAGAUGCGGAACCAUUUUUGCUCAACGAGGAGGCGCAAUCCCCGACAUUACAGGCAGCUGUUCGAGAGGAGCACACAGGUGCAAGCCAGGAGUCAGAGGAGAAGCUCAAUUGGUUCGAUUCAUUUAGGCUGAAGUUGGAACACUAUCAAAACAAGAUGAAGGGUCCAAUCGAACGUGGCGAUGUGUGGAGUUAUUUGAUUUUGCUUCGAAUCGCACCACUUCCGCCACACUGGGUUUUAAAUCUUGUUGCGCCACACAUGGGUAUCAGUUUAUUCACAUUCUGGGGCUCGACAGCGUUGGGUGUUGCCGGUGUUUCCACAAUUCACGUUACAAUCGGCAGUGGCUUAGAUGGUAUGACUAGCUCAGAUGAUUUCCACUUGUUCUCCAUCAAGAACUUCCUAGGAUUGGGCGCAGUCGUCCUUGCUGCGUUGAUUCCAAUCGCAAUCAAGCACGCCAAGAAGAAGGAUCUUGAUAGCUUGGCGGGUAUAGAUGGCGAGCAGUUUGUUAGCCAUCCAGACGACAAUACCAACAGUGACUAUCCACCUUCUUACCACCCAACGAGGAAGAAUAGCCUAGUCAAACCGCCUCACGCAGCGGCAGCCACCGCACACCCAAACAACAGGUCAAGGUCGUCUUCCCGCUCUAUUCUUCUCGAUUCCACACCGUCUCAAGCUGAUCACAAAAGAAAUAACUCGACCAACUUGUCGCCUGUUCCUCCAGAUGGUGUCAAAAUGCAAUCCUCACCAGCAGCACCAUCGCCGCAGUUAAUUAUGCUGGGAACACCUCCUCCAUUGUCAUCUCCGGAGCUAAUCAACUUUGACCAACCUUCCACACAACAGCAAAGAAACAUCUUCGCCAAUUCAUUCUCUGCAAACAACAGAUUAAACCGCAACAACUUGAAUUUCAGCGGGAAAAACAGAAAGAACAGCACUGAUGAACAUCCUCUCACUCCCCUAUAG